AUGCCAUACCCUACGUCACACAAUCUGGUAGAGUUUAACCCAUUUGAUGAUUCAUUUCAGAUGCCACCAUAUAUACAUUCCCCGCCACCGAGUAAUCUAGACCACCUGAGUCAAGAAGCGUCGUUGGCGUCGAAUGUGCGUAUUAGUGCAGAAUAUGAACAAAAUGUUGGAAGUCCAUUCAUGAUGACUGAUGAAAGUUUGCAUGACGCCGAUGAAAUGCUCUUCGACAUAAAUGAAGAUAUAGAUGAAGAAGAAGAUUUAGAGGGUACCACUGUUGUUUCGGAUGAUGAGGUACGAGUUGAAGCACCAAGGACUAGGAGAGAUGAUGAAAGGAGACCGGUGUAUGUGACAUUUGGUUGUUCCCGUGGCGGGAAGUACCAACCUAAGGGUAACAAUAUCUCGAGGCCACGGCCAACAACCAAAACAGAUUGUAAGGCGAGGGUAAAUGCGACCUUGAAUAAGAAUGAAAAAUGGGUAUUCACCACUGUUGUAAAUGCGCACAACCACAUCAUUGUGAGGCCCAAGAAGACAAGACUUUUGCGAUCUCACAAGUGUCUUGAUGAAUACAGUCAAAGGAUUCUCGAGCUUAAUGAUAGAGCUAGUAUACGAAUGAGCAAAAAUUAUUAUUCACUUGUCGUUGAUGCGGGGGGUUUUGACAAUCUUCAAUUUCAAGAGAAAGAUUGUCGGAAUUUUAUUGAUAAGACGCGAUAUUUGAGGUUGGGCAAAGGAGGUGGCGACGCCCUUAAUCAGUAUUUUCAAAGAAUGAGAGAUCAGAAGGACGGUUUCGUCUCUAAUAUGGAUGUGGAUGAUGAUGGAAGGUUACGGAACGUGUUUUGGACUAAUGCUCAGAGUCGAGCGGCCUAUGAAUAUGUUGGUGACAUUGUAACUUUUGAUACAACGUACCUAACAAAUAGGUACGGGAUGCCGUUUGCCCCAUUCGUUGGUGUUAACCAUCAUGGGCAAUCCAUAUUAUUAGGAGCAGGGUUGCUUUCAAAUGAGGACACACAUACUUUUAUCUGCUUGUUUCAAAUGUGGUUAAGUUGCAUGAAUGGUAAGGCACCCAAAGCUAUCAUAACCGACCAAGAUCGGGCAAUGAAAAAUGCUAUUGCAUGUGUAUUCCCCCAAACUCGACAUAGAUAUUGUUUAUGGCAUAUUAUGCGCAAACUUCUAGAGAAGUUAGGGUCUCAUGCCAAAUUCAAUGUGGGGUUGAAGACUGAUAUUCAAACUGCAUUAUAUGACUCACAGACCACUACAGAAUUUGAGGAAAAUUGGGGUCAACUACUUGCGAACUAUGAUUUGGUCGGCAAUAAAUGGCUUCAAUUCUUAUAUGAGGAAAGGUCUUCUUGGGUUCCAGCUUACUUGAAGAGUGUAUUUUGGGCUGGUAUGAGCACGACCCAACGGUCUGAAAGCAUGAAUGCUUUUUUUGACAGCUAUGUCCAUUCUGGAACAACGUUGAAAGAAUUUGUGGACCAGUUUGAUAACGCCCUUAGAAAGAAGGUCGAGGUAGAGACAAUUGCGGAUUUCAAUUCUACCAACCAAACUAUUCCCUGCUUGUCUCAUUUUAACAUCGAGAAGCAAUUUCAAAACUUAUAUACUAAUGCAAAGUUCAAAGAGGUCCAAGGAGAGUUGCUGGGCCUAAUGUGUUGCAAUUGUUGGUUGGUAAGCACACACGGAUGCAUUUUAAAAUAUGAUGUCUUGGAUGAAAUAUCUAUUGAUGACCACAUUAAACCAGUCCAAUACUCUGUUUACUAUAACGAGGAGGAGGUGGAGGUAAAAUGCACAUGUGCACUGUUUGAGACGAGAGGGAUUCUAUGUAGGCAUGCACUUAGAGUUUGUCAAUUGAAGAGAAUUAAUGUGUUGCCUGAUGUAUAUGUCUUGGAUCGCUGGAGAAAAGGCAUUAAGAGGAGAUACACUUUACUUAGAAGUAGUUACGAUGACCAGCGGGAUAGAUCAGAUGCCAAGAAUUAUGAGCUUGUGGUUAAAAGAUGUUCACAAUUAGCAACCAAAAUUUCCUCAGAUAAUGAAAAAGUCAGUGCAUUACUGCGUGUUGUUAAUGACUUUGAGACAAAAUGUGAAGGUUCAACACUAGAGUCGACAUGCGAGCAAACGAAGAUGCAACACAAUUGGAAGACAGUAAGAGAUCUCAAGAACCCCAAGUUGAUGAUGGAGUUUGUGUUGGAACGCAAAGCAGCAUUCUUACACAAUCAACCCAGCCGUCUAAUGAGGUUAGAGCUAAAGCAUCAAGUUAGAGAUGCUUUUUCAGGGGUGAGAUCUGGAGCAAUUACUGGUAAUAUCUGGAGCAAUUACUACACUGGUUAA